CGCAGCUCUUGUUCGAUUGUCUCCGAACAACAAGACAAAAAGUCCAGCGUCUUGGCAAUUUGCUACUUCAGCGGAUGCUACUGUCAACAAUUUCCCACCGAAGCGCGUGACCGCAGACGCAGACGCAGCCAACAUGCCCGUCGUAAAGGGAGGAGUGUGGACCAACAUCGAGGAUGAAAUCCUCAAGGCUUCCGUCUCCAAGUAUGGCCUGAACCAGUGGGCGCGUGUCUCGUCGCUGCUACCGCGAAAGACGCCGAAGCAAUGCAAGGCGAGAUGGAACGAAUGGCUGGAUCCGAGCAUCAAGAAGAUAGAAUGGAGCAAGGAAGAGGACGAGAAGCUGCUGCACCUAGCCAAGUUGAUGCCUACUCAGUGGCGAACGAUAGCUCCCAUCGUCGGUCGCACCGCGAAUCAGUGCCUCGAACGCUACCAGAAGCUCCUCGACGAAGCCGAGCAGCGCGAAGCCGCGGGGCUCGGGUUGACCGGCCCUGAGGGAGGCGAGACCCAAGCGCCCACCGCCGACGAUGUGCGAAGACUGCGCCCCGGCGAGGUCGACCCAGAUCCCGAGAGCAAGCCGGCGAAGCCUGAUACCAUCGACCUCGAUGAAGACGAGAAGGAAAUGCUAAGCGAAGCGCGUGCUCGCUUGGCGAAUACACAGGGAAAGAAGGCGAAGCGGAAAGCUCGAGAACGUCAGCAAGAGGAAUCGCGCCGACUCGCUGCUCUCCAGAAACGUCGGGAGCUGAAAACUGCCGGUAUUAAUAUUAAGGUGGUAACACGUAAGAAGGGACAGAUGGAUUACAAUGCCGACAUCCCCUUCGAAAAAGCACCCGCUCUGGGUUUCUACGAUACUACCGAGGAACAGACGCGGAACGAAAAGCAACGAGCGGCGUUCGACCCUCGAAAACAACAACUUGCGAGCAAGCGUAAAGGAGAGCCUGAUGACGAUGCGGACAGGAAGAGGCGGAAGAAUGACAAAGAUGCGCCGUCAACCUCUAUGCAGGCUGCCCUCAAGGCUGGCCAGAUGCAGAGGAUCCGGGAGGCAGAGCAAAGUAGCAAGAGGCGAUCCCUUGUCCUCCCGGCUCCGCAAGUCAGCGAUGGAGAACUCGAGGAUAUUGUGAAAAUGGGAAUGAUGGGCGAGCGGGCGAACAGGCUUGCCCAGGCGAGCGAGAACGACGCCACCCGUGGCCUGGUAAACACAUACUCAACCCUCAAUGCGCAAACCCCAAUUAGGACACCAAUGGCUCCUCCCCAGGAAGAUCGGGUUGCGAAUGAGAUUAGAAACAUCCGGGCACUCACAGAAAACCAAUCCGCCCUUCUUGGAGGCGAAAAUGCCGACUUACAGGAAGGUACCGGGUCAACAGGUUUCGAAGGGGCAACUCCUCGUCAGAAAGUCAUGUCAACCCCUAACCCCCUGGCCACGCCCCUGCGGAGUGGCAUGAACGGGGCUGGCGCGACACCGCUACGACCGGGUCAGACGCCGCUACGGACGCCUCGAGACAGUUUCGCGCUCAACACGGGUGACAAGGAGAUGUCUCUGGUGGGUGGGACGCCUAACGAUGCGCGACUUCGGGAAUUAUCCAUACGGCACCAGCUCAAGCAGAAUCUGGCUUCCCUGCCGAAACCAAAAGAGACGGAAUGGGAGCUCGAGAUACCCGAGGACCAGCAGGAAAGCAUGGUUACGAGCGAACUCGAAGAAGACGCAGAAGUGCGGGAUAGGCGAGAGCGAGCGCUGAGAGAGGCUCAGGAGCAGCUAGAAAGAAAGAGGCGGACCCAGGUCAUGCAGAAAGGGCUGCCCCGACCAGCGUCCGUUAAUAUCGAAGCCCUCGUGCGGCAAGCUUCUGAGAUCUCGGACCCGAUAGAGGCGCAAAUUGCCAAGGAGGCGGCCUUGCUCAUCGCCAACGACGCGGCCAGGUUUCCGGUUCCCGGAACCGCAGCUCGCGGCAAGCCUAUCCAGCUGCAGCAGAUCGACGACGCGUCGCUAGCCGAAGCGCGCCUGCAGAUCCUCGUGGAAGCCAAGGACAAACCGACUCGAGAAGAAGCCCUGGCACUCUGGGAGCCAGAGGGCACCAGCUCGCUCCUGCUGGGCCUGGGCUGCUACGAGGACGAGGACGAGGACGAGAAGCUGGCCGCCAUGAAGGCAGCGUUCGAGGCCGUCCAAGCGUCGACCGCGGCCACGGUGGAGCAGUGCGCGAAGCUGGAGAAGAAGCUGGCGCUGCACCUGGGGGGCUACCAGCAGCGGGCGAAGGCGCUGCGGGCGAAGGCGGGCGAGGCGCACGAGGCGCUCGAGAAGGCGGCCUUCGCGCGCGGCGCGUUCGCGACGCUGGCCGCGUCCGAGGAGAUCGCCGUCGCGAGCCGCCUCGCGGCCCUGCGCGACGAGGUCGGCCUCGUCACGCGCCGCGAGCGCGAGGCCCAGGAGGCCUACCGCCAGGCCCGCGACGAGCUCGACGCCCUGGCCGGCGGCGCCGACGGGUACCGCUGAGGUUGGAGGUGGCAGAGGCCGGAAAGGAGGGCGCGCCGAUGCGGACAGAGAUUGUACAUGUACACUACCGGUGCUCUUUUUUUUUGUUUUAGAGAGAGAUUAAUUACGACUACUCCCCGCGCCCGCGUGUACUGCAAAAAAGAUAUACUUACUAUUAGAGAACGAGGGAGAGGGGGAGGGCAGGGCAGGG